ACUUGACCAUAUCCCCAACACGAAUUAUACUUGUACUGCACAUCCCACCCAUGGCUCUCUGGUGGCACAUAAAAGCCGUAUCUCAGCUUGCACACACAGCUGCCAGAGAGGCACCUUGCAGAGCACGCAGCUUGUUAUUUGCCCCGGAAAUUCUUCUAGUUGCCUUGGUGAUCACAGACAGCCUGAGAGGAAAACAAUGCCCGAGUCCUGAUUGUAACUUGAGACAUUAACAGCCUGAAUCCGGUAGAACACCGGGACACAAGAGCUAAACAGCGGGAGUACAGCGCACUGUAUUCUGGGGGACCCUUGUGAGCUGCGGUUACGUUGGCUGUGAGAAGAACCGGAUUUGUUUGUAAAUAGAAAUACGUGAGCAGUGUACUUGUUUCAUGGAAAAACAUGGAGAAGUAUGAUGAAAUAUUAAAGAUAGGAAGAGGAGCAACUGCUGAUGUUUUUCUAAUGAGGAAUGUAGAGACAAAGAAAACAUAUGCAGUGAAAAAAAUCAAGAUAGAUGCAUCCAAACAUUUGAGAACCAGGGAGUCCAUCCUUCAAGAAGCAACUAUAUUGGGAAAGCUUCUGCACCCCCAUGUGGUAGCAUGCCAUGAAUACUUCGUUGACACAGAAGAUGAACAUAUAUUUAUAGUUCAGGACUACUGUGAUGGUGGAACAUUGGAUGACUACAUCAAACAAAGGAAAGGUGUCUUCUUGUCGGAAGACAUCAUAAUGGAUUGGUUUAUCCAGUUGACCAUGGCUGUGCAGUACAUCCAUUCCAUGAAGAUUCUCCACCGAGAUAUCAAGACAUCAAAUGUUUUUCUCACCAAGAAAGGUAUAGUCCGUCUUGGGGAUUUUGGUAUUUCAAAGGUUAUGAGCAGUACUAUAGACAUGGCACGGACAUGUGUUGGAACUCCAUAUUACCUGAGCCCAGAGCUCUGUCAAGACAUUCCUUAUAGUUCCAAAUCAGAUAUAUGGGCUCUAGGAUGCCUGCUGUAUGAAAUAUGUUCUUUGAAGCCAGCCUUUGAUGCAACAAACCUCAUCAGUCUUUUCUACAAAAUCGUAAAAGCAGACUAUCUGCCACUUCCUGAUGUCUUCUCUAUAGACUUGCAUAAUUUGGUUAAAACUAUUCUGGACAAAUGUCCAGAAACUAGACCUAGUGCAAACUGCAUUCUUAAUUUAAGUUUUGUCCAGGAACAUUUAAAGAUGUUCAUACAGAAAAAUGAAUUUCAGCUAUUUAAGCAGGUUCUGGAAAAGAAAGACCAGAAGGAGACAGCUUGCACAUUAGAUGUUCGCAGCAAAACUUCAAUGACUCAGUAUGACCAUGCUAAAGUUGAGUUGAGAUCAAAGUCAGCUCCAUUAAAUUCAUACAAGCCUGAUCUUAGCACAUGUGAAAUGUGGGAUCAAGAGGAGCUGUCAGGCACUGAGGAUAUCUCAGAAUAUUCUGAAGACUUUGACAAUGAUAGUUUGUCUUCUGUGGAAGAAGAUUUAGAAGGGGCUCCUUGCAAUCCUUGUGAAAAUGAAGAUAUUCCAGAGGAAAUAGUUUCUCCAGUUUCUGAUGAUGAAGAUGUUCCUGAUUAUCCAGAUGACUUUGAAGAAGAUGAGGAGAACACCCUGGAGAUGGUGGUCAGCCAUGCCAGAUCAGCCAUGGAAGUAGUAGCAGAUAAUGAGACCUUUCAGGAUGAUCGCAGUGAAUUAGAAAUUCACAGUGUGUGUGCUACACUCAUGACUCUACGACAGCAAUGUAAAGGGGACGCUGAGAAGACCCUUUGUGAGGAAAUAUCAGACCACUUCCACAGUGAUGAGACAGAGCUUGAAAACCACAUGGGGCGAGACAGACUUGAGACCUGCUAUUUUCUUUUUAGUAUGGAUAAGGAAACUAUUCAUAGUCCCCUCUAAAGAUAUUAUGGUGCUUAUUUCUAUAAGAUGAUGCACUGAAUUUCUUCAUCUUAUGAAGUUGUGGUGAGUUGUAAAGGACCACGUGUACUAAUCUGUCUUCCACCAUAGGAAUACUGUGAUAUAAAUGGCGUCAUGCAGCGAACAUCAUUUCUACUGAACUUGAAAGGGAUAUUACGUCCAAAACAGAGGGAGAUGACGUGUAUACAUUUCUCUAUUGAUUUAAGAGGACAUCAAGCAAAUUAUUGUUACAUGUUAGUCUGUAUAAAAAAAAAAAAAAAUCCUGUAUAUAUGUUUUGAAAUAUUUUACAUUUGUCCCCCUCCUUAAUGCUAUGUCUCAUAAGAGGCAAAUGUUUGAUACAGGAGUACAUGCUGUGAACAUGCUUUUGCCCUUACAUGUAAAAUGGUUGUCAGUUUUGUCUAUAAACUAUUUAUUGUGAUAAAAAAAAAGGUUGCCAUAUAAAAUUGAAUCCACACAGAAUCACAGAAAUGUGGUAAAUACAUAGAAUCACGGAAAUGUGGUAAAUACAUAGAAUCACGGAAAUGUGGUAAAUACAUAGAAUCACAGAAAUGUGGUAAAUACAUAGAAUCACAGAAAUGUGGUAAAUACAUAGAAUCACGGAAAUGUGGUAAAUACAUAGAAUUUACAGAAAUGUGGUAAAUACAUAGAAUCACAGAAAUGUGGUAAAUACACAGAAUCACAGAAAUGUGGUAAAUACAUAGAAUCACGGAAAUGUGGUAAAUACACAGAAUCACAGAAAUGUGGUAUUUUUGUUAUAUAAGCUGUGAAAAAAUAAAAGGCCUAAUAAUGUA